AUGGAUGUAAAUGGUGUGAAAUGUUGGGAGCCCCACAAGUCGCUUGAUCUGAAUCCUCGCUCAACUCCAGUGAACAAGAGUCCGCUACAAGAACCAUGGGGCGUGGUUGGUAGCAAGGGACCAUCAAAGAUGUGUGGUGUGGUCAUUGACAUGGGUACCGGAAUGUGCAAGAUGGGCUUUGCAGGACAGCCACGGCCCACCUACAUCGUGACUAACAUCGUGGGCUGCCAGCCCAAGAAACAAACCACCAUGGAGCAGCCCAAAGUGGAAAUGUUUAUCGGUGAGGCAGCCCAUGCUUGUCCUGAGUUAACUUUGAUGUAUCCAGUUCGUGAUGGUAUUGUGGUGGACUGGGAGGCAGCUGAGCUCAUCUGGCGCCACAUCCUGGAGAAUGACCUCAGAGUGGACACUCAGGACCAUCCUCUGCUGUUCACGGAUCCACCUUUCAACCCCGCCAGCAACCGGGAGAAGCUUAUGGAAGUAGCCUUCGAGUCUUUGCACUCUCCUGCUCUAUAUGUGGCAUCACAAUCUGUGCUGUCCGUUUAUGCCAACGGGUGCGUUAAUGGGCUGGUUGUAGACACUGGCCACGGGGUCAGCUACACAGUGCCAGUUUUCCAAGGCUACAACUUACCCAACGGCCUCCAGCGGCUGAACCUAGCUGGGCAACACUUGACUACUUUCUUGGCGGAGAAAAUCUUGAGAUCUAGCUUUCCAGUGAAGAAGGAAGACCUGGACACCAUGGAGAAUAUUAAGCACCAAUACUGCUAUGUGGCCUCAGAUUUCCAAAAGGAGCAAGGGCGCCCUGAUGACAAAUUCCGGCGCUGCCUGAAGUUGCCGGACGGACAGAUGAUCACAGUGGGAAAGGAGCUCUUUCAGUGCCCUGAGUUGCUAUUCCAUCCCCCAGAGACCUCAGGACCUUCAUCUUUGGGUCUCCCCAGCAUGGUUGAACAGAGUCUCUCCACUGUUCCCCAGGAGCUGCGGACAGACAUGGAACAAAACGUGUUGUUGUGUGGAGGCUCCUCUCUGUUUACUGGCUUUGAAGGUCGCUUCAAAGCUGAGCUGCUACGCUGUCUUGGCCCCGAGGCCCACGUGGUUGUGGCAGCCCAGCCCAAUAGGAACCUCUCAGUGUGGAUUGGGGGGUCCAUUCUGGCCUCGCUGUGUGCCUUCCAGACCCGGUGGAUCUUGCGUGAGCAGUAUGAAGAACAUGGUCCAGAUAUAGUGCACCGCAAGUGCUCAUGA